AGAGUUGAAGGGGCCAGAGACUGAGGCAGGACUACUCUUUCUUCCAGCGUAGUAGCCAUGCCCAACUCACGACGAAGGAAGAAACAGGUCGAAGCUUCGCGACGUCAGCUCGAAAAGAAUCGUCGGAAAUUGAGCAUAAGACGCGCGGAAGAGAAAGAAAACCGGGGCUCUGCACCCAGCGAUUCGUCAGAUCAGGCAGUGGCCAGGGAUGAGUCGGAGUCGAAUAAGAGCAGCUGGUGGGAAUGGUGUACUUCGGGAGUCUCUCAGAGUAUUGAAAUAGCCAAAGACGCGGUGUUCCCCACGCGAGUGCUGCGACGACAGCUGACAGUGGCCCAGAAGAGACUGCGAGACAUGCAGGAUGAGCUGGAGCUGGUGAGGGAACAAGAGGCCAGGGAGAAGAAGAGGAGGAAGAGGAAGAGAUACAUGUCACUGGGCGAAGAUGCAGUUGUAGGUGUACCAGCCAAUAUUGCUCCCCCUCCCCCUCCACCUCCUCCCCCUCCCCCUCCCCCACCCCCUCCUCCGCCUCCCUCCCUGUCAUCUUCAAUCAAAAUCCGCAUCAGGAAACCCAAGCCACCAGGUCUCCAAAAGGCUGACGAGGAGAGGCAGCCAGUCAUAACUCUAGCCGACAUCAAGGGUGUCCGCUUACGGAGCAGCAAGCCACGCCCCCCACACCAAGUCAAGAAAGAAGCUGGUGGAGAGUUCAAAUUGGUCCACAGAAAACUGAAGAGUGUAGGAAAUGCCAGGAGUCCUGGAGGGACGGUGAGGAGGAGGAGGAUGAGUCUGGACACUGGUGAAGGACCCACUCCAAUGCUCACUAGAGCCUUGAAACGAAAGUUCAAGGUCAGUCGUGUAUAAUAUCUACAUACACUGUAUUGCGCUAGUGCUUUAUGCACUCAUGCGCUAUAUUAUAUAUAAGUGCUUUAUGCACUCAUGCGCUAUAUAUAAUAUAUAAGUGCUUUAUGCACUCAUUAAUGUUUUCGUGUAUUGGUUAAUAAUAGGCAACGGCUCUAACACUUGAAUAUACAGUGAACUAUUGAUGUUUGUAUGGUUCUGAACGUGAGCGUUUAACUUUCUUCCGUCCUGAUAAUAUAUGGUACAUGACUGACUUUUGUGUGGUUGUGCGCAUGUAUAUAGACAUCAGAGUCACAGUGUAUA